AUGGCAGAUCGUCAGAGGGUAUACGGUGUACCUCGGCUGACGGCCGACGGGUCAGCAGAAAGAGACCGCAGAGAUGAUCGCGAUGAAAUGGCGCUCCCAAAAGAGGACGGCAUAGCGCGUGGUGAUACGUGUUGCCUUGCCCCCGAUCGGUCAGUGCACUUCUUUGUUGCCGCGAUGAUUGCCGGCUGCGCGCGCCAAACCCUGUCACAGGCCGUCCGCCGCGGCGUGAUUGCUCCGUGCUACGCCCCCUUGCUGUCGCAGCAGCGUUGGUUGCACCAGAGCAGCCCUCGCUUCAAUGUGGCAUGCACACCUGGUGUUCCUGUUAUGUUUACCACCAUCUAUGACAAGCCUGGCUAUGACGAUUACUUGGAGUUGGAGUGGGACGAGAUGCCACGUGAUGAGUUCGGAGUCCCAGCACACAUCCCACCGGAGCUCUCCACCACGAUCCGUCACACGUACUACAUCCCUCCUCAGUACUUCCCCUUCCUCAAGAAGUUGGGCGAUGACACGCCGGAGCUCAAGCCAUGGAUGGACAAGCUGAUGAAUGGCGAAAUGACAUUUGAUGACUAUGAGGAGAUGUUCUACCAGUUCGCCAAGCCCUUGAAGAUUCAUCGACCAUUGAUCCCAAUGCCCUACCGAACUGCCGAGGAGAUGAAGAAGAGCCCGGAGUUGCUGUGGGAAGGUGCCUGGUUGUCCUUCCGCCAACGUGUUCUGGGAGACUACACCUCUAGGCACUAUUUCCGCGACUUCAUCGGUGGCAUGGGCGUUGGCGUUUUCUUGGCUUGGGUUUACACACAAGCGCAUCGCCAGUAUCGUAUCGAUAUGAAGCUCUUCUACUUGGAGGCACCCGAGCACAAGAUCAACUGGGUCACCCCACGUGGGGAUUUGUGAGUCCGGGCGGGACCGCCAGUGAUCGCCGCUUGUGCCAAGUGGAGUCUUGCCGUCAAG